CGAUAUGUCCAAAUUUUAAACCGUCAGAUGUUGAGGUCCAAUGGCAGGCGCUAAACCUAAAAAUUAACAAACAAUACACGAUAUAACCUGCCACCCAGUUUUCUUUUAAAGAAACUGCCGCUUGAAGCAGAAAAUAGAUUUUGCAGUGAAAAUGGGAGCAGGCAGAAGAAGAUCAGGAGGCGGCGGAGGCGCAGGCGGAGGAAGCGGUGGUGCAGGCCGGAACCAAAGAAUGCUUAAGAAUCAUGUUCAUUCCUGCAAGAAAAAGUUCUCAACCGCCGAUGACAUCGUUCACCACCUCCGCAACCAACACUCCAACUACCGCCGCAUGGAGCUCCGUACUUUAACUAGGCUCGUCAAUCAAAUCCUUAACGCUUCCUCACCGCCGCCAUCAUCACCUUAUCGUCGACGCCGCAAUUCCAAAGUAUCUUCUUCUUGUUCAGAAGAAGAUGAUGAAGACGAGGAGGGAAUUUUCGUCAAUUCUAGUAAAUCACUCAGGAAAAGAAAACGAAUUGAGGAGAGCGAAGAGAAAUUGCUGCAAAUUGAGAAUGAUUAUCCGAAAAAGAUAGAAAGGAAUCAGUCGGCAACGUCAACCUCCUCAUCUGAGUCGGAGUCAGAGUCAGAUUCAGCUGUUUCGACAUCCGAGGACGGAAUUUACGGAGAGAGAGUGGAACCAGAAUUUGAUUUAAUGCGGUCUAUGUUACGCGAAAGUUAUUCGAAAGAGAAAGAAAAGAAUAUUGAAGUAGAUGAUGCUAGUAAUACUAAAACAACUACUAAAAUUGACAUUGUAAAUUCAGGGAAAGGUGAACUGGAAGGAGAGAGUAGAGAGAAAGGGAAAGAGAAAGGAAAGGUUUUGAAUAGUGGCGCUGACGUGGAGGAGGGGAAGGGUGGGAAAGAUGGGCCUAGGUUUAGGGAUUUGGGAGGAAUGAGAGCAGUGUUGGAGGAAUUGGAGAUGGAAGUGUUUUUGCCUUUGUAUCAUCCUCAUGUGCCGCGGCGGCUUGGAGUCAAUCCUAUUGGUGGGAUUUUACUUCAUGGACCUCCUGGUUGUGGCAAGACAAAACUAGCUCAUGCUAUUGCUAAUGAGACUGGCGUUCCCUUUUACAAGAUUUCUGCUACUGAGGUCGUCUCUGGAGUUUCAGGUGCAUCGGAAGAAAAUAUCCGAGAGCUUUUCUCCAAAGCAUACAGGACUGCACCCUCAAUCGUUUUCAUUGAUGAGAUUGAUGCAAUUGCUUCAAAGAGGGAAAAUCUACAGAGAGAGAUGGAGCGAAGGAUUGUAACACAAUUGCUGACUUGCAUGGAUGAGUUUCACAGGCUUGUACGACCAUCCAAUGCAAAUUCAGACUCAGAAAGCACUAAUCAGAAACCUGGCUAUGUUCUUGUAAUUGGAGCUACCAACAGGCCUGAUGCUAUUGAUCCCGCACUAAGGAGACCUGGAAGAUUUGACCGUGAAAUUAGGUUAGGAGUGCCGGAUGAGAAUGCUAGGGUUGAGAUUCUUUCAGUGCUCACAAAAAAGUGUACUCUUGAGGGUUCUCUUGAUCUUUUGCAAAUAGCUAGGUCCACUCCAGGUUUUGUUGGAGCUGACUUGGAUGCCUUGGUUGACAAGGCUGGUAAUCUUGCCAUGAGGAGAAUCCUUUCCCAAAGAAAAUCUGAGCUAACAGGAGAGUGUGCGGAUGUGGAAUACAUCGAAGAUUGGUGGAAGAUACCUUGGUUGCCUGAGGAGCUUGAAAAGCUUGCUAUUACAAUGGCUGAUUUUGAGCAAGCAGCUAAGGUGGUUCAACCCUCUUCAAGAAGAGAAGGAUUUUCUACUGUUCCUAAUGUGAAGUGGGAGGAUGUUGGUGGGCUUCAUUCUAUAAGGAAUGAGUUUGACCUUCAUAUAGUUAGGCGGAUAAAAUAUCCUGAGGAUUAUCAGAAAUUUGGAGUGAACUCAGAGACAGGAAUUUUGCUUUAUGGUCCUCCAGGCUGUGGUAAAACACUGAUUGCUAAGGCUGUUGCUAAUGAGGCAGGAGCUAAUUUUAUUCACAUCAAGGGUCCUGAACUUCUGAAUAAAUAUGUUGGAGAAAGUGAACUGGCAGUUAGAACAUUAUUUACUCGUGCAAGGACAUGUUCACCUUGUGUACUUUUCUUCGAUGAGGUGGAUGCUUUGACAACGAAGCGCGGGAAAGAAGGUGGAUGGGUUGUGGAGCGGCUGUUAAACCAGUUACUUAUAGAGUUAGAUGGCGCAGAUCAGCGGCCAGGUGUUUUUAUUAUUGGUGCCACUAACAGACCUGAGGUGAUGGACCCUGCUGUCUUACGGCCUGGUCGGUUUGGCAAACUUCUUUAUGUCCCUCUUCCUAGCUCAGAUGAUCGUGGGUUGAUCUUAAAAGCACUUGCAAAGGGAAAGCCAAUUGAUCCUAAUGUGGAUUUGAGUACAAUUGGGAAGAUGGAGGCUUGUGAAAAUUUAAGUGGGGCUGACCUCAAAAAGCUGAUGGAUGAAGCUGCAAUGUCUGCAUUGGUGGAGGCAAAAGGGAGCUCCUCGGAUGAGAGCUCAAGCACAAUCAAGGCUACUCAUUUUGAGCAAGCAUUGACUAAAAUUUCUCCAUCUGUUUCGCACAAGCAAGUUAAAUAUUACAAGGUAUGGUCAGAGAGCUUCAGAAGCGCAUGAGAUGACACGCAAGGAGAUAUAUAUUGCAGUCGAAUAUAUGCGCAACUGCCAUCAGCAGACGAAUUCGAGCAACGUUUUGUGCUUGGUUUCAUUCCUGUGAAUCAUCCAACAUUUGGAUGAAAAAUUUUGCUACCCCUUUCGGCAUGAAACAUGAGUGACAUAAAGCAAGAUGUCGCAGUGUAUAAAUAUUUUCCUUUCUUCAUAAUUUAUUCGUUUUGCAUAUUGGUUUGGUUGCGUCGGAUGUCUGCCUCUACCUAAUUGCUGUCUGAUGAUCGAGUUCCUGGUUAACAGUGUGUGAUAUCAGUAUCAUCUCAUUAGUAUAAUAAGACAGUUGCAUUUUUCUAUUA